GAUAAAGGAGUCUAAAGGCCGCCAUUUGGACAGAGGUUCAGAAAUUCAGGAUAUAACAGCACUCACUGCUGCUCACUGAGGAACAAAUUACUUGAAUCUUGGAUACAAAAUGAUUUCUAGACUUUCUUUUCAGUUUUUCUUGAUGGGGAUCAUGUGUGUCGGUGCAGUGAUAUCAAAUCCAGAUUGCACUGAAAUGAUAAAUGAAGGCACUGGACAAGACAAAAUAUUGCAGUUCUACUACAACCAUGACUUCGGAUAUUGUCUGCCUUUCUUCUAUAAAGGAGAGGGAGGCAACGGCAACCGCUUCGACACCAAUCAGCAUUGCAUGGCAAAUUGUUCCUCUAAGUAUCAUGAGCUCUUUCCAGAAGGAGAUGCAGUGUGCAGUUUAAAGAUGGAUCCAGGCAGCUGUUUUGCUCGACAGGCCAUGUAUUACUACGACAGCACGGAGAAAGCCUGUCGCCUGUUUCUUUAUGGAGGCUGUCAAGGAAAUGGAAACCGUUUUGAUACUAAAGAAGAUUGUGAUAAGAUGUGUCGAGCAAAGUCUGGAAGGAUGUUAGGAUCAGCUCCUAGCCCUGAUGAGCAAACGGUGGAUGUAGGUUUGAUUGUGGGUAUUCUGGGUGGUGUUGUGUUUGCAGUGGCAGUGAUUGCUUCUACUGCACUAUUUGUAGUCCAAAGGAAAGGGAAACGUACUGACAUGAAGAAAGUGCCCACAAAUGAUGUUGAGAUGAGAUAAAACAAAAGACCAGAGCUUUGUGUGUGUGUGUGUGUGUGCAUGUUCUUUUGUAUGACCUUUUUAUUAUCCUGCUUCAUGAGAAGUGUUGGAAAAAUCACCUAGCAUUUGAUUGGUAAUUGACUCAGAUUUGUCCUUUAGCAUUAACUGUUAACUUUUAACUGUUUAGAAACGUACAAUUGUAAAUGUUCUAUUGUUCAAGAUGAUGUAAUAUCUUUCUAAUAAGGGUUUGUUUUACCUAAAAAAAUAAAGUAUGAACUUGUAU